CCUUCCUUUACAUAAUAUAACCUUGUGACGCUAUCAAACAACCUAUUCUUCAGUUUUUGUCACGAGUGUAUUCUUUUGACGUAGCUGGGGGUUAGAGUUCAGUAAACACUGAUGAUGUCAUCAUCUGAAGAUGGCUGAAGGAGAAGGCUGGUGGGGAGGCUGGCUUCAACAAAGCUUCCAGGCCGUCAAAGACAAGUCAUCUGAGGCCUUAGAGUUUAUCAAACGAGACUUGAAUGAGUUCUCCACUGUAGUGCAGCAUGACACCGCCUGUUCAAUUGUGGCCACAGCCACUGCUGUCAAAAACAAGCUUGCGGUGGAAGGAUCAUCAGAGACCACAGAAAAGGUGAAAAAGAGCCUCUCUAGUUUCUUAGGGGUCAUAACAGACACACUUGCUCCACCCCCUGAUAAAACCAUCGACUGCGAUGUUAUCACAUUGGUGGCAACUCCAGCAGGAACUACAGAAGUAUAUGACAGCUCAAAGGCACGUCUCUACAGUCUGCAGGCUGACCCAGCCACAUACUGCAACGAGCCCGAUGGCCCCCCAGAACAAUUUGACAACUGGUUGGCCACCUUCAGUAUGGAGGAUAAGAAAGGACAAAUCUCUGAGCUUUUGGUCAGCAGUCCUUCAAUACGAGCGCUUUACACCAAAAUGGUCCCAGCAGCAGUGACCCACCCAGAGUUCUGGCAGAGGUACUUCUACAAAGUCUUCCAGCUGGAUCAGGAGGAGGCACGGCGGGUGGCGCUGAAGCAGAGGGCAGAGCAGACUUCCCACACUGAGACACUUGACUGGGAGGAGGAGGAUGAUUUUCUCGGCACCACUUCGUCGUCUCGUCUCAACCUCAAGCCCCCAUUGGACAACAGCUCAAGCCAGGCCUCUGCAGCAACCACACACCUGACUCCCAUCCUGUCUCCGAGCGAAGAGCGUGACACCACCCCCUCCAUUAGCAGCGACAGUGUCAGCCUGCCAACGCAGCUGGAAGUGCGUCCAGAGCCCGUUGUGUCUAUGCUGGCGAAGAAGCUGACAGAGGCUACUGUGGACGAUGUAGCAGACAAGACGAAAAAACCCCAACAGCCUACGCAGAAUGUCUUGGCUCCUGAUGCCCAAGUGGAAGCUGGAACCCUGCCAGCGGUCAUUGUGGAUGGGGUGUCAGCAAGGACCCCUAAAGUGGAGGCUGUAAAGGAGGAGGCUCCGCAAGACCUGAGAGUGUUUGAGCUCAACUCUGACAGCGGGAAGUCAACGCCUUCUAACAAUGGCAAGAAAGGCUCCAGCACUGAUGUGAGCGAGGACUGGGAGAAAGACUUUGAUCUGGAUAUGACAGAAGAGGAAGUGCAGCUGGCACUGUCUAAAAUUGAAGCAUCUGGAGAGUUGGAAGAAGACUGGGAGAACUGGGAAUGAGAGCCUCUGCAGCACCAACCAUGAUCCCCCGCCAUCCAAGCUUGUUCUCGUCCGAUGAACCAUGCUUAACAUGUUUUGUCCACACAGUCACCUUGUCAUGAUUGUCAGUUGGAGAUUUUCCAGCUAGUUUGGCAAACCUGUUGUAAAGAGCGACAGGAAGAGCAAGGCAAUACGAAUAAGACCGUCAGCUGUCAGUUUAGUGCCUAUAGGCCUCAAAGUGAGAAAAUGUCCCGGGCCCUGGCUAUUUCGUGGAGUAACUUCAGACUGGGAGAGAUUAUGACACCUUAAAUGGAGGUUGUAGUAAAGAGGUCUCAUCUCAACAAGGGAGGAAUCGUUGCCUCUUUUGUUCUUUACUGUAUAAAAUGAUUAUGUAUGUUAUGUUGCAGACGGAAAUAAUGUCAAACGAGUGCUGCAAUUCAUUACAGUUUACCUGUGCCCACCUUCUUUACUCUUGCUUAUCCAAGCAAAUUCUCAAAAAAUUCAAUUCUAUUCAAGGAGAGCUUGUUUUUGUUGCAUAGGCAUCGAUUGUCAUGGAUAGAAAAGAGAGAAGCUUGUCGCUGGCUAUGUUUUUGUACUUCAACCACUCUGUCUUGUUCAUCUGUCUUACUCUGGUAGAUGAUAACAUAGCAGCAGUUACGCUCACAAAUCAUUUUAGUUUCUCAGGUGGCUCGUGGAAUACAACAGCUCUGGAGAGCAAUGGGAGCAUGCCCCGCGCAAUGAUUUUCCUGAUCUGUCGUAUGUCGUAGAAAAAUAAAUCUGAAGAUGUAAUAUUUAUACAAAGUUACUAUUAUUUGCUUUGGUUUGCAUGUCUGCAAUAACAUGCAAAACAUUGUGCUCCUUCAGAGUUUUUAUGAUCUGUUGCAUGUCUAAUCGGCCGUGUACCUCUGUCAGACUCAACACUGAGCUUUUCUGCACAAUUUCUCUCCUCACGUCUAAGCUGUCACAUGAAUAUUUUGAGGUCACUUUUGUCAUUAAACAUGACAUGGCGUACUGGGUUAUUUUCUGUUAUUAUCCACUCUUUUUUUUUGGUUUUUGGAACAACCAAGCACGAGUUAAAGAACAUAAUUAGUGGGCUCUUUGGUAUCUUCAAUUAUAGUGUAAGACUGGGGUCGCCAACCUGUCGAUCGUGAGAUACUAGUCGAUCUUUGGAACUUUGCCGGUCGAUCGCGAGAACGUUUUGAUACAAAUGUAUUAUGUCAGUGCCCUCAUGGAGAGCGACCAACAGGCACGCGUUUUGUCCACUGAACAUACCCGUAAGCCCAGUCCCCAAAACCCGGCCGGAGCUACACUAGUACACGACCAUAAUGAAUACAAUUUAAGUCCCAUCUCACAGCCAUACUGGCAAAAGCACAUCGCACUAACUGGUUGUGCUCGAGAAAUUCUGACCGGGCUGCACAAGGACGCUACUUAGGUUAUGUUUUGUAGUUAAUUUAUAGCGUCUUAAAAAAACUAAACAUUUUAAAGCGAGACUCAAGUGAUGCGUUUGUUUUUAAAUAAAGUUAACGUUACUACAUUUUCUUUAAUCAUAUUUAAUUACUACAUUUGUUUAAGGCAAUUUAUGACGUCCCUUAUUCUCAUUAGGGUCGUGGGGGCAUGCUGGAGCCUAUCCCAGAUAUGGGAUAGGGUAUUGGGCAGGGUACACCCUGGACUGGUCGCCAGCCAACAGCAGGACACAUAUAGACAAACAACCACUCACACUCGCAUUCACACCUAUGGGCAAUUUAGAGUCGCCAAUUAGCCAACAUGCAUGUUUCUGAAUGUGGGACGAACCGGAGUUCCCGGAGAAAACCCACGCACGCACGGGAAGAACAUGCAAACUCCACACAGAGAUGCCUGUCACUGAGCAAUACGUACCCGGAACGCAAUCGGUUCAAUUGGGUUCUACGCAUGUGCAGAGCGCGUCUAUUUUUUUCGGCAGCAAGCGUCCCCCCUCCACCCCAAAAACGAUAAGAUAGAUAGAAAUUUGAGAAAUAACACUUUUUUUUCCUCAUUUCAUAUCCAUGGUCAAGUGGACAAUUAAUAAGCCCUGUUUGUUCCAUAAAUUAUUUUAUUUAGUUUUUUUCGCCACUGAAAGGGCGAUAUGGACCAAUCAGCGUCCCUUAUUCCAACAUUCUCCACCUUUCUCACCCAAUCAGCUCGGUUUCUAUUUCUAAUAUAUCCAACAUUUGGCCAAUGAGACAGCGCCCUGGUGCUUCCGGCUUUAUUAGCAUAUUCCAGCAUUUAACCAAUCACGGACAUGAUCACGGAGAUGACGACGCUCGUCUCGCCGAAGUAUAACGCCAACUUACUGUAUAUUUGCUGCAGCUCAACUCGACGUUGAAUUUGUAGCUGAUAAGUGGUGAGUAUUAUUAAACUUUUCACAAACUUUUUUUUCCCUGGUGCCGUUUAGUUUGUCAUCACCCAAUCAGCUACGCCUAUGUCCAUUGUCCAACAUAUCCAACAUUUGGCCAAUGAGAGACCGUUGCUGCUUCCGGUUUUAUUAGCAUAUUUCAACAUUUGACCAAUUACGGAUGAUGACGACACUCCGCAUCUGUAGCUAUUUUUACUCGGUAUUUAGGAAAAGUCGACUCUGCAACAUAUACAGUAUUUACUCCAGCUGCUUCAACUCGACGUCCAACUUGUGCGGCUGAUAAGUGCUGAGUAUUAAACUAUACAGUACAAGAUUAAAUGAAUUGAAGAGCAAUGGUUUGCAUUCCUUUACAAUAACUUAUGAAGGCUCAGGGUAUGUGAAAGCACCGCAUGUUAAAGCAUAUUCAUUAUGAUUUUGUAAUAUCCAAUUUGAUAUUCCUGACCUCAGUUUGCCUGCAUGCCCUUUUAUAUUUGUCGUGUACAUGUUAUUGGCUGUAGUUGGUGUGUAGUUUUUUUCAACUCACAUUUAUUGCUUAAACAAUUUCUGUGUUAUUAAUUUUAAAUUUCGUUUUUUUUGUCUCAUUUUUUUGGUCACACACUGCUAAAUGUUUAUAUUCAAAUAAUUUACACUGGCCCAUGAUCACAUUUACAGUAUAUCUUUAAGAUGAUGAAU